UCUUACAUCAUCUGCCAAUUUGACAGCUACAGUUUGACGUUUGCAACACAUACUACAGCAGCGAUGUGGAUUACCUCUCAGGGAUUACCCAAAGGUGCGACGACGAUAGGAAAGCAGUCGGCUCUUCCAUUCCUACGGCUUUGACGAAAUGUUUACAAAUUUCAAACAUGAGUAUCAGUAAUCCACAUCCCGAAUCAACCAUUUCGUGCCUUUGCUAAGCUCCUUGGAAAAAGUGUUACCUCUACUUGUCUGUGCAAUUGUCCUGUCUCUUUCAGUAACCAACGAGUUCCUUCACGGCCUCAGUGCUAUAGUAUCAGUCUCGCCGUGGCCAUUCGUGUGCCUUGUGUAAACGUGUUCCCUUCAAUAAUGGCUUCGUCCGAUUGUGAUGACCACAUCAACAAAUUGCCGGAUGGCAUCCUUCCGGAAAUCUUCAGCUAUCUCCCUCUGACAGAUCGCAAAACGGCCUCGUUGGUGUGCCGGCUCUGGGGGCAGGAAGCCUUCUCUGCACGGGUGCUAGCCGAUGUGGAAUUUGUCCUAACAUAUUUAAAUCAGGCCACAGUUCUGGAAUUAUUGCGAAAUAGUACACGACUUUAUCGGAACGUCAUUGUGUAUGAAAUGUUUACUGAUUCGUUCAAACUUGUCGUGGGCUUUUUGGAUAAAUUUGGGACGACGAUAGAAGGGUUCAAUUUGAACGACAGCGAAGCCAAGCCAGCGCAGUUGAAGGCGUACGCAGAUAUGAUGCCUAAUUUGAAGAGACUGACCACUUUUAUGACGAAAAUGGAAAAAAUUCCAAAUGAACCGUUGGUGUUUCCAGUUUUGAGCUGGUUGCAUGAAGUGCAUGUGAGGUUCUGGACCGAUGAAGCACUGAAUAGGUACCAGUUUGAUGUGCUAUGCAUGGCACCGAACUUACAGCGUUUGCAUCUAGCAUCUACUGACUCCAACGGGAAUGUGCGGAUGUUCGAGGUGUUGGAAGGUUGUUCAAACCAGCUGAAGUCGUUAAAGCUUUGCAUCUUUUCUAUUGAGUAUCCUAGGUGUAAGCUGCGAUUCGAUAAUUUGGAAAUUUUCAAGCUUCGAGGACAAAUAGACGAUGUCGAUAGACUGUUGCAAUUGUUCCAAGGUUUAAGUGAGUUGAAAGUACUUCAUUUGAAUGUUAUGAUUAAAAAAUCCGAAUUGGAAACUAUAUGCAACCGCUGUACAAAGCUGGAAAUAAUGAACAUUGAAACCGAUAUGUUGGAGAACGGUUCGUUGAUAUACUUGUGUAAUUUGCCAAACCUCCAGAUUCUCAGGACUAACCAUCUUCGUAUGCCUUUAUUGGCACCGUAUAAGCCAAUCAAUAGCGUAAAAGAGCUCAAGUUCCUAAUAUAUGAAUCUUAUUCCGAUGAAAAGGAUUACGUGGACAACCUAUUCAAAGUUUUCCCAAAUGUCUGUAUCAUGAAACUAUUCGGCUUUGGACCCGGUCUCGAAUACUGUGCGUCUAUAGAAAGUGAGAUUUUCAGUAAAUUCAUCCACCUGACAAAACUAACAAUUGAUGAAGUACCGUAGUCCAUAUUCGUCCGUCCGUGAAUCCGAGGAGCUUUAAUAAUCCGAAAACUCACAUUAUGCGCUUCGUAAAAUUGGGUAUAGUAAUGAUAACAAUAAUGAUACCAAUUGUACCUUGUGCAUUUUUUAAGGCAGAAUUUGCAUGUUUUCAAUAAAAAUAAUUUUACUCAUCAUAUAACAUAUUUCAUAUUCAAAAUAGUUGAUGAAAAUGCGUUUAUCAUAUUAUAAUUUUAUCCCACUUCAGAUGACAGUUGUUUCCUUGCUCGUGCUUUUAAAACGUAUCCUGGUAGGUAUACAUUAGGCUUAUUAAGCGUGAAAUUAACAUAAUACUUCUCGUGACUGUUUCCACCCCGAAUCACCGAUCGUCCAGAUUUGAUGAUUCGUGAUUCGAAUGAAACCUUGAAAUUCAUUUUAAAAUAGGAAACUAAUAAUAAAAGAUAU